GCUCUUCACCACAAAGCAGAGGAAAGUCAGGGGCUCAUGUGUCAACAUCCAGGGUUUCCCCGGGGAGGUGUAACGUUAACGUUAGUCCACACACACACAAAAAAAGAACAACUGGUCUUCCUUUUUAGACCUUUUUAUUUUUGUGUUCGCCUACUCAUCCUCGGAGGAAGUGGUUUCCCUGCCCGCGAAGGCCAGGCGACGAUCUUCGGCUCUUGCUGCUUUUACGUUAGCUAACGUUAUUUUAAACGAUGACAGAGUACAAAGUGCGAAUAGCGUCUCCAAUCAUUUAAUAAUAUCUGGGGACCUGUUAGCCUAGCCAGCUAGCGCGGCAAUUCGAUUAAACCAAGGGAACCCAGCGAAUCACACUGCUGACAUGAUGUUUCCUCAAUCAAGGCACUCGGCAUCCUCUCAGUCCAGUCAACCUCUCAAGUUCACUACUUCUGACUCCUGUGACCGCAUCAAGGAUGAGUUCCAGUUCCUCCAAGCACAGUACCACAGUUUGAAGUUGGAGUGUGAUAAACUGGCUUCUGAAAAGUCAGAGAUGCAACGUCACUAUAUAAUGUACUAUGAAAUGUCUUACGGGCUGAACAUUGAAAUGCACAAACAGGCUGAAAUCGUGAAGAGACUGAAUGGCAUCUGUGCUCAGGUGUUGCCUUACCUGUCACAAGAGCAUCAACAGCAAGUCAUGGGUGCUAUCGAGCGAGCCAAGCAAGUCACGCCUCCUGAGAUGAAUUCCAUUAUACGGCAACAGCUCCAGGUGCAGCACCUGUCCCAGCUCCAGGGCCUGGCCCUGCCUGUGACCCCGUUGCCCCUGGGCCUCACCCCGCCGUCCCUGCCCGCCGUCUCCUCUAGCUCCGGCCUGCUUUCCCUCUCCUCCAUCCUGGCCAACUACUCCCAUGGCCAGGCCCAGGCGGUGAAGGAGGACAAGGCCCGGGAAGCCGCGGAGAGGGCGCCCCGGGGAGAGGACGGGGAUAAGUCAGACUAGUGCAGACACACAACAAGGAGGUUUGGAGGGGGUUGUUUGGGGUGAAGGUUUAAAAAAAAAAAAGGUAAAACUGUAAAUGGAGAUUGAUGUAAGUCUGGCUGCCUGUCUGCUGAGCGUUAGUAUAGAAGAGUAACUGCAGGGAUGACGACAUGCAGAGCGGACAGAUUUUUGGAUGUGCAGAGAACGAAACUGCUGAGUGGCUGAGAGUGCGCGUUAAAUGUUCUUAUUAUUUAGUGGCAAUAGACCCAGUUCCGGCUUCUAGACUUAAAAUAGAUGCUUUUUUUUUUUUUUUAAGCGUAAACCACCGUUGGGCUUAACCAAAAUACACUUCCCCCCAAUUUGGCACGAGAGCUGAGGAUGAAAGCUAACAGCAGUGUGACUUACACAGUUCUGCCUCCCACUAGUUUGUAUUUCUGAAUUAGUUUCCCACUGGCUCGUCUGCCAAUUAAAGUUAGCAGUUUUGCAGCAUCUCCUUUUUCUCUGACUCCCGAUCCUCCACUCAUAGCAUACAACUUCACCAUCCAUUUUAUUUAAUGUUCUUUUAGGAAAUCCAAACUGUUGAUUUGUGUAAUGUCGCGAGGGAGAACCCUUCAUUUAUAUUCUUAGUCGGAUGUUAAAUGGGAUGCUUUUUAAAGGGCAUUUAAACCUUUCAAACAUAAAUCCGUUGACUUUUUGACCAUUCUUUGGAUUUUCGUGCAACCAGCUACUAAAUGCAUCACCAUAGCUGUUUACCUCAAUCCCGGAUAAUAGGAUUUUAUUCCAUUGAAAACCAAUAGUUUGUACAAAUGUUAGUAUAUUCAUCUUUGAGCCUGCUGCUGAUGCUAUGCGCAUUAUGUGGCAUGGACCAUGAAUCCUCCUUAAAUGACAUGAACUUAAAAAAUUGACUUUAUUUUAUGUUCUUUUAUGUUUUUGUGGUUAGAGAUACGAUAAUUAGGCAUUCAAAACAUGUUCCGUGUGCUUGAGUGAAUGUUGUCGGAAAGAAGAAAACACUUUAAUGUUUAAUUAGACUUAAUUUUUUUCUUCAAACGCCUUUUAGUAUUUUCCUCACACCACUCCCUGCUCCAGCCCCUUCCUCAUACAGGCCCGCCCUUUAACCUGGAUCUAAACUUCAGAACCAGAUGGUCGCAAAAGACAUAAAAGUACUGUAUUUCUGUAGGUUAGAAGAAGCACUUCAGUUCAUACAGAUACUGUAUCAAGCACCUGUCUUUUCCUGUCUUGCUUAACUUGUGUGUAUUUCUUUUCUUUUUUGCAUUGUCUCUGUGGAGAAUGUGUGCAGGGUGAGUUGCUAAAGCUCUGUUACAACUUCAACCAGACGUUCCCUCAGAAAACGUGUUUAAAUCAGAUUCCCACAGUCAGAAUUUGUCCUGGUGAACCAAUAAUUGUCUUUUUGAAAAAAACAAAAUUGAGAUUUUACCAUUUCCCCAAUUCCAUACUAAAUGCUUAUUUUAUACAAUAUAGACUGUCUACUUGGCUUGAUAUUGCUCAGCACCAACUGUGUAUAAUGGUAGCCUCUUUAGACUGAUACGGACAGAUUUUGCUUGAUACAAACUAGCCUUUUCUCUUUGGCUCUUGCACUAAGCACGUUUUGAGCAUGUGCUGUGUUCACGCUUCAAAAAUUUUGAAAUAAUGUAUGAUCAUAACUGUUAGUGUGCAAAGUAAAAAGAAAAACGUUUACCUUUUUUUGUUAUUACAGGCUACAGCUGCAUUACACCUUGAACUUUGACCCUUCCGCUCGUAUGUCAAAUGUGCAGAGCAUUGUGGGUCAAAAUGGCCGGAGAAGUACUCUGGCUUGCAAACUGCAAAAUGUGAUAGUUGGACAUUGUGGUAUUUUUUUAACAUUGUGGCAUUUGCAUUUGACAUUUAUUGAGACACACUGCAUUCAAAAACGCAAACCACUACGCUAUUUAGUAGACUAGAAAUCAAUUCAUUAUGGCCCGACACAUACUAUGCCUGAAAUAUCAAGGCGUUCUAUGAUAUCCCGUCACAUCUUGUAAUAUGCAAGCCUCCCUGUUUUUCUGGAUUAUCUGACCCACAAUCCUUUGCGCAGCCAGAGCAAGAACGUCCAAAUUCAAGAUGCAAUUUAGUGGUAGUAUCUCCCAAUUGAAUGCAACUCUUUCACGGUACUUUUUCCAGGCCAACUUUAGUAUGAAUACAGAAUAAGUUUGAUUUGGAACACAUCUUUAACCCUUUCUGGCAUAUUUAAUUGUAUAUUAAUAUGUAUUGAAUUCCACAGUUGAUUUGAGUGAUGGCAAGGUAACCGUUAACAAAUUCUGGCAACAAUUGUGAAGAAAAAAAAAGCUAAUAUAUAUUUGACGUCCAAUUAAGCAAGUGUUUACAAAUUUCUUGUGAGUUAAAGAUCUCUUGGUAUAUUGAAUGCUUGUACUGUACAUGCAUACUUGUUUUUGUAGUUAGAAUGGAAUUGGGACAGAGCUUGUUAAAAAAAUAGGAAUGUUUCAUAUUUCUGGCAGCAGGGGGCAGCAGCAGCGUUGUGUUCAGUCACGGCUGCCCUCUUCAUCUUAAUUUCCUGACUGUGGGACAAGCAUCUGUACGCUGCAGAUGUUCGCUGUUAUUCCCCUCCAAUGCGAGUGCUUUCCAGAGCUUUGACAACCCACCUUUUUAGCAUCGGAGAACCUCUUAAGAUCGGAGCUUGAUUUUUUUCUGCAGUUUAAUUUGAAAGGCACUUAAGUUGUGGCUCAGUGCUCUUAGUUUUUCUUCUUCCUGUCUGUGCUAGUGUUGGAAGUGAGGAAUUUCCCUCCCUUGAGAUCUGACCUUAACAUUUAAAGUGCAAGAACCGAUCAGUGAGUCAUUUGCACUCUAUAUGCUGACAUCAGUCUCUGUAGAAAACCUCCUUUGGCAAAACUCAGACAUAUGAAUGGUAUGUGUGUUUGUUUUUGCUGUGAAGGGCCAAUUUGUAUACAUAUGAAUAUAUCAAUAUACAUAUUUUUAAAGCAUUUUUGUAUGUUUCAAAGCUGCUUUUUAACGUGUGUGUAUCAUGGAAAACUUUUGGUGUUGUAUGUGUGCAUUACAAGCCUACAGUUAAAGAGAGGCACAAUGUUGUAUACCAUGUCGUUUUUCCUGUUUUUUCUCCCAUUCUCUCAGUAGGCAGUAACACUUAACAUUGUUUUCUAGGUUUGUAAAUGUUUUAUCUUUUUCUUUUGUGCAAACAAAAAACGGUUUAAUGUGUUUAUGAACACAGUCUCAUUUUAAGAUACCUGGGGCAAAAAAAAAAUACAAAGAUGUAAACAAGCAACUGUGUACUCUAAUGAGAAUGAAUCAACCUUUUAGCAGUAAGGAAGCUUCUCUGGUGCCUUACAAAUAAAAGACGUGAUUGAGAGUG